AUGGGUGAUCGUAAAGCUGUUAUCAAGAAUGCCGAUAUGUCCGAGGAGAUGCAGCAGGAGGCCAUCGAAUGUGCGACUCAAGCUCUAGAAAAGUAAGUUUUCUGAUAUAUAUCGUAAAUCAUGUUUAAUAUGAACUUUUGUUGAUGUUAACUUAUGCGUUUGAAAUUUGAAAGUUUUUAUGACUUUAGAAUGCUUUUUUUUCGAUUAUUACUUGUUUUACAAGUCUUGUUCAAUUUAUUUUCUUGUUGUUUAUAAAAAUAUUUGUUUACAGAUACAACAUCGAAAAAGAUAUUGCUGCCUACAUUAAGAAGGAGUUCGACAAGAAAUACAACCCCACAUGGCACUGUAUCGUCGGAAGGAACUACGGAUCGUAUGUUACCCAUGAGACCAAGCACUUUAUCUACUUCUACCUUGGCCAAGUGGCUAUUUUAUUGUUUAAGAGCGGUUAA